AUGAGCUUCCUUCGGGCUCUACCGCUGGUGAUCGGUACCGUCGCCCUCCUUGCCACGGCCGCCAUCUUGAUCGUCCACAUUGUGCUCGCCACGCACAUCUCUCGCACAUCCCCUGUCCAGGCCGCCGCUGGCGUGUCGGCGGCCUUGGAAGGUCUCGUGCUCAUCAUCCUAGCAUGGUCGUACUCGAGGUACGUCUUCACCGCCCGGGCGGUUUCGUCACGGAGCCCGGUCGUCGUGUUCGGCAUCAGCCUGGCGGCCUGUGUCGUCGCCACGGCCGCGUCGAUAGCUGCCGUCGUUUGCUUGAGCAAGACGGCAUCCGACCUCCCCCACUCUGUCAUGGGUGCCGAUCAGAACAACUUCCUCGUGGGAUCCUCCACCGUCCUUGGUCUUUCCUUUGCCUGCCAAAUCGUCUUUAUCAGCCUCCACUUCGUCUGGACGCCCGUGCCGCACCACAGGGGCCGCCUGCACCACGCCGACGAGCCUCGCCGGUUGCCGCAGAUGCACGUCAAGUCCAUCCGUUACAGCCAAACGUCGCCGACGCCCAUCUGCACCAGAGACACCAUCUCCAUGGACUCGAGGUCGCCGCCGCAGUCGAGCAGCGGCCGAUCGGCGACGGAGACGAUGAGCUCGUUCCGGUCGUGCCUGUCCCACGUCGUCCGACCAGUGACGUCCAAAACGCGCCUCUUGUCCACAAGAGAGAAAUACCGGCACUCGACGGACUCGCACUCGAUCCGCGAGGACAGCUUUGACUCCUGGGACACUUCAACCGUGGACCUCCACAACCGCAUGACGCCCGACGACGAGCAGGAGCACCAGCCCCGGGGUUUCCCCUCGACCUUGGUGCCGCCGCCGCGGGUGCGGGGCAGGAGCAGGAGCUUCAGCCCGGCGAGGCGGCCCGCAGAGCAACUCGCCCGAGCUCGAGGGCCCGGGCGAGGCCAACAUCCACCCCCCUCUUCCGCUCCGACUCGCCCCGUGCCGCCGCCUAACGUCACGCCCGGCACCGUCGUCGUCGCAUCGCCCAAUGCCGGCCAGGUCAUCUCCGACCGGAAGAGCGUCCGCCGGAUGCGAGGCAGCAGCCUCGCCAACGGCCAGUCGCCGCUCAGCCACCAGAGCAGCUUUGAGUUCCUGCCCUCGUCGUCGGUCAACGAGCAGGACGAGGUCGAGGAGCAGAGCGAAAUCGAGUCGCCCAGCGAGCGCAAGAUGACGCCGCCCAUCCCCGAGUGGAUCUUGACCGCUGGGUCCAGGUCAAGCCUCACCGGGUACCAGAGCCGCAAGCUCAGGAUCUAUGCCGACCCCGGCUGCUGA